AUGGCCUCAAAACGGAUCUGGUUACCAGAGGAAGACAAAACAAUUGUUUACCUCCGAAACCAGGGGAGAGGGUGGCUCGCCAUCAGCAAGCAUCUUAAUGAGAGAAGUUCUACUGCCUGUCGCCUCCGAUAUCAAAACUACUUGGAACGUUGGGACACUUGGGAUGAUGAUAGCAAGACUCAAUUAGCGAAACAGUAUCUUAGACACAAAUCGGAGCUGUGGUUGAAGGUAGCCAAGGAAAUGGCUGUUCCUCCGCGCGCAGCAGAGGGCAUGUUUUGGGAGCUCGCGGAGAAAGAGAUCGCUAAUCGCACUGGCAUCGAGCGUUCUAGUCAAGGAUGUAUCAAAAAGAAGUGA